CGAGAGCGUCGAGAGGCCACAGUGGGGGCCGUAGCUUCUUUACUCAGGCGCACUGACGUGUCGUGGAGCAACAUGAGGAGGUCGGCGGCGGCUACCAGGAAGAGGCAGCCCGGGUUGGGGAGGCGAUGCUCGUUCACAUCAUUGACGAGGGAGGUGCAUGUCGUUGGGUUCGAGCAUCGUGGUGGGUUGGGUGUUGAUAUUGGGGAUGCGAGUGGACGUGGAUCUGCAGUGCGGCCAGCGCCUGGUGCACGAGUAUCGACUCACGGAUUAAGGGAGGUUUCAGAGAUCCUCGAGACAUAUGUGUUGGGGCCUCCUAGGACACAGAGACCGAUACCUCGACGAGCAUCACAUUGGGAGGGUGAGACGACUGGAGGCGAGGGGUUGGAGAUGACGCGAGGCAGACGUCGCAUGGACACCCUUAUAUCGGCAUCACGGAGGGAGAUUAGACGGGACGGCGUCACGGUGGUUGAUGACGAUCGCACCGACGCCGAUGCAGAAGAGGUUGACAGAGAGGAUGACCUUUAGAUACUCGAGGCACGCAGGACAACAUUGGAGGUCGGCGAGCGGCAGACCAUGAGCCCGCCUACAAGCGCUG